GAGCUGAUGAGCGGUUUGGAUAGUUUUAGAGGAGGAGAUGGGGACGGUUUCUGGGUUUGUUUUUGCGCGGCACAUGCAGCCACACAUCCUGCAGGCGCUGAAAGCGGCGCAGAAAGAAAGAAAGAAAAAAAACCCAAACGCAGAUGUUUGAGCGCCGCGGACAAAACCCGCAAUUCAGUCUCCGCGCUGAUUUAGGACAGUUUUCAGCCUGGCACGGCUUUAGCAGAUGGGUUAAACACCCCCCCACCCCACCCCAAUCUCUGCUCACCCCCACCCCACCCGCAGUGGGUUUGGAUGGGAGGGUGGCUGCUUCCCUGCAGUUUAUGGAUGUGCAAACAUUCCGCUCUUUAUCUCUUUUUCUUCUUAUCUGAGCCUGACCGUGACUCAUAUCAUGCAUCGGAUAUUUUGUGUGGCUUUCCUCCGUAUGAAGUGACUGUUUGUGUUCCUCUGAACAUAAAGGGCUUCUGUAUGGCACCGGAAACUAAUUGUUUAGGCUCGCAGCGCAGCGCUAAGAGCCGCUUUGGAAAAGCUCCCCUCUGCACCGUGCGCAAAAUGUUCUCCACAGAACCUCUGCGCUGCUGUUGAGCCUCUUAGGAAGUGUGAAAUGGAGGAGUCCAGCUCUCAGAAGUUGGUGUGGGAUGGGGACGCCAAAGCGGUCCAGCAGUGUCUGACAGACAUUUUUACCAGCGUCUACACGACGUGUGACAUCCCAGAGAACGCCAUUUUCGGGCCUUGUGUGUUGAGCCACACGUCGCUGUAUGACAGCAUCGCCUUCAUCGCUCUGAAAUCCACCGACAAGCGCACAGCACCUUACAUCUUCAGGGUGGACACCUCAGCAGCCAACAGCACCUCAGAGGGCCUGAUGUGGCUGCGGCUGGUCCAGUCCGCCCGCGACAAAGAGGAGCAGAACCUGGAGGCCUACGUGAAGAACGGCCAGCUCUUCUACCGCUCGCUCCGCCGCAUUGAGAAGGACGAGGAGCUGCUGGUCUGGUACGGCAAAGACCUCAUCGACCUGCUGCUGCUCAGCUCCAGCAGAGCACCUGCCAAGAGCAAAGGUUCGUCCCACCACUCGUGUCCAGACUGCAGCCAGCGGUUCCAGUUUGAGUUUCCAUUUUUGGCCCACCUCCGGUUCCGCUGCACUAAGAGACUGCAGAGCAUCACGGGGGCUGACGAGGAGUCCAGCAAAGAGAGCAGCACAGAGCGACCGAACACAACCCCGACCAGGACCAGUCCGAAGCUGGGCCGCUCUGAGGGCUUCAGCAGCCCUCAGGACAACAGCAAACCCUCCACAGACUUUCACAACCUGGCCAGGGAUCUAGAGAACAACCGGACCAGCCCACCGAGCGACAAGGAGGCUGAGAUCUGCAGCGAGAGCUCGGGGAAGAGGAAGUUCUCAGAAAUAGAGGACAGGGAGUGCAGAGGGCCCAGCCUUCCACAGACCAAGUCUAAAGACGAGCUUGCGACGUCAGCGCAGAACUACAGAGGAGCGUAUGGCCUUGAGGAGAACCACAGGUCCUUUACCCCUCCAGGUCCCACAGAAAUGGGGGAGGGCAAGCGCAGCGCCUUCACUGAGGUCAAGAAGUCAGCUCAGAACCUCAAACACCACAGCAGCAACAAAAACCUCCAGAGCUCCAACUCUGAAAACAAAGAUGGAGGUCGUCCCAGCAGCAAUCCAUCAGAGAAGCACCUCAACAUCAGGCAGGUGCUGUCGGAGACCCAGCCGCCCCAAACCUCACCCAUGGGCAGCGCUUUCACCUCCGUUGGCCAGCAAGGUGGCAGCAGUGGUGGAGAGAGGAAGAGCGCCUUCAGUCAGCCAUCUCGCUCCUCCUUCUCCCAGAUCUCACCACUGGUGAUGCCACCCAAGCUGCUGGACUGCCACCCAGCGGUGGGCGACACCAUCUCCUCCUCCAGACUUUACCAGGCCGACCACCUUGCUGCCAAGCUGCAGGGUGCAGAACUGGGCGCUAACUGCCCCGUGCCGGGCGGCAUGGCCAAGCAGAAUCCCUUUGUCUACGCCACCACCUUCUGGCCCAAGAACUCCGGACCUAUCCAGCUUCAAAUGCCCUCGGCGCUCACCCUCCUGCCGCCCUCCUUCACCUCCCUCUGUCUGCCAGCACAGAACUGGUGCGCCAAGUGCAACGCCUCUUUCCGCAUGACCUCGGACUUAGUUUAUCACAUGCGAUCCCACCACAAAAAGGAGUAUGCCAUGGAGCCUCUGGUCAAGCGGCGGCGCGAGGAGAAACUCAAGUGCCCAAUUUGCAACGAGUCCUUCCGGGAGAGGCAUCACCUGUCACGUCACAUGACCUCCCAUAACUGACUUUUAAAGACUGACAAGGAAGGAACUUUUGUUUAACAAAGAGGGACUGUGACCCUGCCUGGAUUUAAGCACUCCGACUGGAGAUAGGCCACAUAAAAAUACAAAAACACCCCUUGCACUUGUUUUCACUUUGGACUUUAAUCUUCUAAUUCCUUUUCGGUCUGUUUACUUUUUCUCCCCUGUACAAAAUGUCAUGUUUUGGGUGUAUGCAAAUGCGUUUUGACUUCAAAAAUGAAUCUAUUUAUGAAGCACUAAAAAGUUUGAGAAUAAGGGAAGAUUUAAAUAUGUGUAAAUGUACAGUAAGUUGUAUUUUAUAUCAUAGAAAUGCAAAUAUAGAGAAGAAAUACAGAUGUAGUCACACGUCAUGGUUUACAACAGCAAGUUUUUUCAUGUCUACGAUGAAUAUGGACACAAAUUGGGGAUAUUAUGUCAGACUAUAUUUCAGAGUGCAUGUAAUAUUAAAUAAUAUUGAUUUAAGAUGCAGUCUAUACAUUACAAUGUACAUAAUUUGUUUUAUUUGAAAUACAAAGUGUAAUAUUUUGUGUCAGUGGGGAAUAGUUUCAGUGUUUCUUCCUUUUGCGGAAAUUUACUACUUGAUAGUUUAUCUAAUCAUGUUGAAUGCAUUGACAAUAAAAUAGCUUUAUUUUCAA